AUGAUUGAAUACCCGCUUCUAGUAGCGAGUCCAUUGAAUUGGCAUGAGGCCCGCAACCUCCACAUCUACCCGUCGCCCAACUCCUCAUUUCUACCGGUAACCUACUAUGGCGUGCCACGCCCAAGGUCGAAGAUGAACCCUCCGACCCAGGAAGAGAGCGCAAUUCUCUUCCAGGCAGAAAACGCAAUACUCCUCGACAUACCGCAUUCAAUUGCACUCGCGCAAGGCUGGCCAGCACCCCGAGAACCGGGUUCGAGAACAAACCAUAGCCCGCGGAAGAUACCAAAACUCCUGUCAUGUACGCCGAUGAAGGAGUCUUUCCCCUCAACCGAGCCCAAAAAGCCCGCUGCUCUCGCCAGGGUUCUUGAGAGCAUCCCUGUCUCAGAGCGGCGGUUCGCAGAAUUGAUAGUGCCGCUCGUGAGGGACGCGCUGAAAACUAUCAGCGCGGGCUUUCCGAGUGAGCGGCGAUGGUGUUUUCCUCGGGCUGUGCCUAAUGAAGAUGCGGGUAGUCAAUCGUGGAAUGAAGGUCCGCGGAAGAGGCGGAGAGAGGAUGUGAAUGAGUCUACGUUCCAACGGUCUGCACCUGGUGAUCCCGUUGAUAUUUUGAGUCAGGAGCCACCGAUGAUAUUAUCCACGAGCUCAGUGAAUCGUUUUGCGGCAUUAUCUGAUUUGACAGUCGUCAAGAAUCCAUCGCCAGAGACAGCAAUCAUCAGAGCCGGUGCUUCGACUGGUUCUGAAUAUAUAAUUCCUCCCAUGUCAAGCUUCAUACUCGGCACACUACCUCUCUUCCAAACAAAACUCCACCACCGUCUAUCUACUCCAAACUAUCCCAUCCCAGGACUCUCCACGCACCAGAAAUUCAACCUCAUCCUCAUGGAUCCCCCCUGGCCAAACAGAUCCGUCCGCCGCAGCGGGCACUACCAGACACACCACUAUUCCGAGAUGGACGCGCUCACCACCGGACUAAGGGAUAUACUACGCGCACACCUGCUCGGGACAACAUACCAGGUACACAGCACAUCCGAAUCCCCGUUCCAAAGCCAGCAGUCUAUAGCCGCGAUCUGGAUCACGAAUGCCGAGAAAUCGCGUCGCGCGGCAUACGAGGCGCUGAUCGGCGCGGGGUUGUGUAUACGCGAGGAAUGGGUCUGGGUUAAGACUACGUGGAACGGAGAGCCUAUUUCAGCGCUGGAUGGUCUGUGGCGGAAACCGUAUGAGAUCCUUGUUAUUGGGACCAAGGAUGACGGUCCUGAUCUGGAGAUUGAGGCGCCGUUGAUGUCUGAGGAUGAUUUGAUGCGUUUGAGUGAGGCUGUCACCAGGAGAAGGGUUAUUGCUGCUGUUCCAGAUCUGCAUUCGAGAAAACCGAACUUGAAGGCUGUUUUUGAGGAGGUGUUUUUCACUGAUUCCGGAGAGCUUUGUUCGUAUUCGGCGCUUGAGGUGUUCGCGCGCAACCUGACUGCUGGAUGGUCGGGGGUUGGUAAUGAAGUGCUUCGGUUUAAUGCGCGUGAAUGCUGGGUUGAGUCCGAUGUCUAA